UCACUUUUUCUUCUUCUUCUUCUUCUUCUUCUUCUUCUUCCUCUUUCUCUUCUUAUCUCGUUUUCACAUAAACACUUUCUCUCGCUUUUUUCUUCACACCUCAAAAAAAAAAAAAAAACAAACACACCGACCCACUAAUACUACAUAAAACACACCGACCCGAAUUGAACGAGUCAAGUUCAGCUCCGAACCCGUUUAGCAUGUACGAUGAAUCUGGUUUUGAAGUAUUGAGCUCUAUUGUUUGAUUUUGAAUUGGAGGAGAAGGGAAGUUUAAAUAGGGUUAGGGUUUUUCUCUAAAGUAUUGGUUUUUAGCUUGAGGGUAUAUUGGAGAAUUGGAUUUAUCUAGGGUUUUAUUUGAGAGGGGGAAGAUAGGUUUGGGUUAGAGGAUAAUGUGUAUACUGUGUGUGAUUCAGAAGUGCUCUCGCCGGGUUGCUACAAUGCUACCUUGGUUGGUUAUUCCGUUGAUAGGUUUGUGGGCACUUUCUCAGCUCCUACCGCCAGCUUUUCGGUUUGAGAUUACUUCACCUAGACUGGCUUGUGUUUUUGUGUUAUUGGUUACUCUCUUUUGGUAUGAGAUUUUGAUGCCUCAGCUUUCGGCUUGGCGGGUGAGGAGGAAUGCUAGGCUUAGGGAGAGGAAGAGGUUUGAAGCUAUAGAAUUGCAGAAGCUUAGGAAGACAGCUACUAGGAGGUGUCGUAACUGCUUGAAUCCUUAUAGGGAUCAGAACCCUGGUGGGAGUCGGUUUAUGUGUUCAUAUUGUGGGCAUGUUUCGAAGAGACCAGUUUUGGACUUGCCUGGUUCACAAGAGUUGCAGAUUUCGAAUUCUGGUAUUGUUAAGGAUUUGGUUGGAAAAAGUGGCAAGAUGUUGAAUAGCAAGGUUUGGUCUGAAAAUGGGUGGAUGUGCAGUCAGGACUGGUUGGAGAAUGGCAAUUGGGUUGGUGGGUCUGUUCUAGGAAAUCCUAUCAACUGGAGGAUGAAUGGAAGUGGCAGGAGUUUUGGAGGAGAUGAACACUGUUUGUCAUCUAGGUCAUAUUCUAGUAUUUUGCUCUUUGUUUGCAGACUUUUGGCAUCAUUUUUCUUGAGCAUUAGAUGGAUUUGGAGAAAGAUAUUCAGAAUUAGUUUAAGGGAAGAACGUUUGUCUGAUGCUGAACGCAGGGCACUCUUGGCAAAAAGGGGUGAGAAUGGGGAAAACCUGAAUGAAAGUAGAGGAGAAAGAGCACGCAGGAAAGCUGAGGAGAAAAGACAGGCUAGACUAGAGAGAGAACUUUUGGAAGAGGAAGAAAGGAAACAGAGGGAGGAGGUCGCAAAGUUAGUGGAGGAGCGUAGGAGGCUGAGAGAUGAAAUAAUGGAAACUGAAAAAGAUAGCAGCAAAUUAUCACACACCAGUAAGGAGAAAGACCGUAGGAAGGAAGCUGAAAAGAAGCGUCAGGAAAGAAGAAAAGAGAAAGAUAAAGGGUCUAGUAAGAGCAAUUCUGAUGUAGAAGAGCUGGAAAAAAGGGCUAGCAAAGAAAGUGAACGAAAAAGGGACUUUGACAAAAAGAGUGAAACUGAUUAUAGAGAGAAUCAGAAAUCUGGAUUAGAGUGUGGCAAAGGACAGAGUACAUAUACUAUACAUAGUAAUUUUUUUGCUGCAAACAGUUAUAACCGAGGAAGUACUGGGACAAGGUACCUUGAUCGCAUGCGUGGUACAAUUUUGUCUUCUUCAAAAGCACUUGGUUUUGGAAAGGGUGCCAAUCUUCCUGCCACUGUGGUGAAAGAAAGCAAGUCUAACAAUUCUGUAGAUCAUGCUCAUACUGCUGCCAGCAAGAGAGAUAUGCUUCCUCCUGAACGUCCGACUGCUAAAUCCAAUUUGAAUGUAGAUGAUAAGAAUAUCAAUCAUUCUGUUCUCCCAGAACCACAGCCAUGGACUGCACCUAAAAAAUCAUGGCAACAAUUAUUUACUCGUUCCUCAUCUGUUCCUAAAUCCUCAAAUUCAAAUGUAAUAUGUAGACCAAAUUCCAAAAUUCAAGUUGAAACCAAAAGCCCUCAGUUAUCUAGCCAGUCACCAGUUGCACAAUCAUUUAACAAUCCAAUUCACUUCGGUCUUCCAUCACCAUUUAAUAUUUCUACUCAGCUUAAUGGUUCAACCAGUAGUAGUCUAGGUUUUUCUCCUGCAAUUGAACCCUUAUUCUCUCCUGUUGUAAAUACAUCACAUGACUUUAGACAUGAUGAGCAAGAGCUUUUUGAAGACCCGUGUUAUGUUCCAGAUCCAUUAUCCUUGCUUGGUCCUGUUUCUGAGUCACUUGAUAAUUUUCAGUUGGAUUUGGGAAGUGGCUAUUUGAAAGACACAAAAGUAAUUAAGCCUCGCUGUUUUCAAAACACAUCUGGUACUGGCGUCAACAAGCCAUCUCCCAUUGAGUCCCCAUUGACCCGAGAAAAGAAUAACUGUUCUAAUAAAUUUUCAAGUAUACCCCAGGCCCAAGACAUACAUGCAUUUCCGUUGGAUGAUGCUGCUGCAAUUGAGAAGGGAACAUGGCACAUGUGGAGUACUUCACCUCUUGGUCCGGAAGGUUUAGGUUUGGUUGGUGGCCCAGAAAGUUGGCUUUUAUCCUCACAAAGGAACGUACCAACCAAUGGCGACUGUAUGCUCCCAGCAUGUCAGAAGACUAUGGCUUAUGUUUUUAACAACGACGAUAACUUAACUUCCAGUACCCAUCCUCCGCAAAAUGUUUUUUUAGCUAAUGGUAAGAGUGGUGGGACAUUCAACCCUGUUGCAGUUUCAAGUGGUUUUGAUCCUUGGUUACAAAAUGGUCUCUUUCCACCUUUAUCCAGGGGCCUUAAAACUCAUGAGAGUGCUCAGAAUGAAAGGAUGUGUGGGAGUCCAAUUGGAUCUGCUAGCAACAAUGUGCUUGAGUGUUCUCAAACUAACGGUUGGUCCAAAAAUGAAUGGCCUGUACAUGGUUCUGUGGAAAGCAUAAAGAACUCAUCAGCUGCAAGGUCCCAUAAUGGUAGUCCACAAUAUCCAACAUCAGAUGUACAUUCAUUUUGGUCAUAUGAUUAGAAAGAUGAUAGUGACAGGGUUAGAGGGACUUGAUAAACACAACUGUUCUCAAGGCAAACAGUCUCCUGUUUUUUUUUGGGGGGUGGGGGAAUUUAGAAUACUUGAGCGCAUUGUAUCUUCCUUUCUUGUUUAUGAAGGAAGAUCGGUGUUUACUUAAAGUUAGCAACGAUAGGAUUACAUGCGCGUUGGUGCAUGGUUUUCUGACUCAGGUAACAGAGGUGUCCCCUUUUUUAUAUGAAAUUGUUCUUUGGAGAUUGGAAGUUCACAUUCCCUCCCUUGUCACUUAUCUUCAAUUAUGACAUCUUAAUGAGAAAAUAAACUUAUACUAACAUGAUCAGCUUCCGCAGAAGAAA